CUUGACAUGGUGAGUGACGACGCCGAUGACUUGGGCCCACGGACAACCGCACCCCCGGCGCAGCAUCCUGCACCGCGAUACCCCCUGCAUACGACCCCAAAGCAGCAACAUAUGUUGCGUGCUCGUCGCCUGGACGCUGACUUCUUAAACCCUGAACGCACACUUCACUUUGCCCAUCAAGUGGACACUGUCGUUGUAGACACUGGCGGCAGCCACACACAAAAACAAUCGACUACUCGCCUGGAACAUGAAAUCCAACGUCUUAUAGACCAUGCUCCGUCCCUGGACUCGUUUGAGCUGGAAUCUGUCGAUAGGCAAGAUAUCAUGCGUCACCUUCCGCCGCCCAACACCACUGGCCGCUACGAUGCGUCCCAACUCGUCCCUGUGGACGCCCCAGUACCUGUGAAGCCUCGUCAAGUGAGAAAACAAGUGAGUGAAGCUUGGAAGAAGGCCCAUGCAGUCGCGCCCUCCAUCGAGUUGCAUCCGGAAGUGAACUAUGACCUCGAAUCCUGCAUCGUCACGCCACUCGUUGCCACGGAUGACCCUUUCUUUCUAUUGGGGCCAUCUGCACCAACUAUCUCGAACGACCCACCACGCUAUUUGAAUGAGUCAGUGGUAUAUUUUAGUUCUACUUAACUUGAUUAUUCGCGUCUACCA